ACAUGUACAUCUAUAAUAGGAAGCACAAGUCAAGCUUAAAUUACUUACAUCAUUGCAGCAAGUUUGAGUGUUGUAUAUCCAGCCUUCACGACUGCAAGAUAUGACCCUCCCACUACUAUAUGCUCCCAAUAGGUUAAAAAUGUCAUGAAAGACAACAUUGAGAAGGCUUGUGCAAGAGGAGAUGAACUAAACGAUCUGGAUGUGAGAGCAGAGAACUUAAAUGAGGAUGCUGGACUAUUUCAAAAACAAAGUACCCAAUUGAGGCGAAAAUAUAGAAACAAAAAUUAUAAGUUGUGGGCAAUUCUUAUCUGCAUAAUUUUGAUUAUUGUUCUGGCAAUUGCUGGAGUAGUUGCUGGAUUGUUAGGAUGUCAUUUUCAUAAAAAUUGCUCACUAUAACUGUUAUAAUUGAUGAGUUUAUAUUAUUUUAAAAAACUGUUGUCAUUGUCCUGUCCUCUGUAUAUAAUAAUAUUUUAUUUAUUGGUUUUAUGUUGUUACAUUGAUCAAAAAAUUA